AUGCGACUUUUGCUGGGCCUCAUAGCCCAGACCAUGCUGGCCGCCGCUAAGGAAGAUCUCAAUGGCAUUUCAGAUCUGACACUCCGCCUGAUCGCGAUAGAGGUCCUCGCCCGCGUGGUGCGCCGCACCAUAUUCCGCUGGAUGGUGCGCGAGGGUAGCGCACGGUCGCUGAAGACCGCCAACGACUACCUUCAACGUACCGCCGGUUCGCUGCUGCGUACGUCGCAGGCACGCUUUGAGGAGGACCUGCUAUCGCUUAUCCGAGACAUGUUCUGGCUCGACGAGGCAAUCGACACUGCGCCGCACGUGCAGCUGCUCAAGCUCAGACUGCAGGUGAAGGUGGUGUUCAUCGCGAAGCGUUUGUGUGAGCUGCGCGGACUCCGAGCGGUAGGAAGCAGCGUAGCGGAGAUCUUGUGCCAACCUUCACAUCACACCUGCAGCUCCUUAUACUUUCCAGAGCACCAAGAACUGAUAGCGAUGUUGGUGCAGGACAUGCCCAAGCAUUCGCCGGCGUUCAAGGCGACCGAUAUCCUUCCACUGCGCAUCCGCUUUUUCUGCCGUGACGGCUGCCUUGUCGAGGCUUGGCGAGAGGCAGCGCAGCUGGUGGAGUUGCGCGGCCGUAACAUGUCGGAGCGCUUCCUCAACGCGGAGGCGUGGACGACGGCAGCGCUAGUAGCUGCUCACGUUGGAAGAGACGCGGACAGCGCGCAUCUCAUCGAGCGCGCUACUCGCGUCUUCUUCGACAUCCCGGCCUUUCUUUUCCAGUUGACUGCGCCCCAGGUGCGACUGCCGUCCUGCCUGUAGUUCUUCCUCGGGCAGGUGCACGUCAAACUCGCGCAUGGGUUCAUCUGCGUCCAGCAGAGGAUCUCCAAAGAGACUGAGGAGCUGUUUAGUGAGGCACUGCGCCUGUUGGACGUACUCGAGGACGAACGACGGUUACAUGUUUCGCGUCUUCGACAACAGGCUGUCGUCGGUCUCUUCAGCAUCGCCGUGCACUUUGAAAAAGCAAAGGUGGUGCAGCUCGACGCAACGUGGAGUACUGAGCUGCACUCUAUGGCCCCCUCGCUGCAAGGUGCCCGCAUCAGCGAGCUCUUCGGGUCUCUGUUAUUCGACCGGGACAUGUUCCCCAGCGCGGUGGCGAGACUUUGGGAGUGCCUCGAGACAACUGAGCAACUCCUUGGCGUGACGGUUCUCCGUGUGGGUGAGGUGCUCAACAAGCUGACCUACGUCUACUAUCGCUGGGAGGUGCGUCAGUACGGCCUCUUCUGCAGCUGCAUUCUCCACCGAGCCGAGGCUAGCAUGGUGGAGGGGAGCGGGCUUUACUCGGCACUGCACCUCCGCAUCGUCGAGAACAUCGUGCCGUCGUUCAUUCUGCGCGGCGUGUUUGUUGCAGCGUCGAUACAACUCGGCCUGUUUUGCAGCCUUCCGCCUCGAUACACAAAACCCCUCUCGCGUAACUGCCUCGCCAUCCUACGCAUCGCCACCAUUCAAUCCAAACUUCGGGACGUGUUCGGCAGCAUUGCAAUCGUCAUUGUUCAGCAAUACGGGCGCGAAUACCGCAGCCCCGCUCUCCUGCGCGACGUCUGCGAGAGCAGCGCGCAGGGGAUACAGCGUCUCGGACGGGCGUUUCUCGUGCAGCACGCGCUGCUGCACCUCUACUACGGCUCCGUCACUUCUGACGGCAUUGCACUCGCGGCGCCACGCCAUACCAUGCGCCCCCUUCUCGACGGAGCAGCGGCGCUGGAAUUCAGAGCUGCAGCACCCUGGGCUCUUUUCGAUGUGGUCGGGGCGUGCAGAGCAACAGGUGCAGCUCGAGAACGGCAGCAGCUCGUCACGGAGGUUGAGACGCCCGCGGGGGCGUGCCUGAUGGACAUGCAAAGUGGCUCCGUUUGUGGCGUACGUGUCCCAAGGUGCAGCACCUCCGUUGUGUUGCAGAACAUGGUGUUCACGCAGGUGCCAGUGGGUCACCGACUGUCUUCUUUGCAGCUGCGUUUGACUCAACGUCUGUGCUGCAACUUUCAGUGCCUCAUGGCGGUGCCACUGAGCGCGUUGGUCAUCUUCGAAGACAGCGCUUACUACGCCGAGGCGCUUAUACCCCUGCACCAUCACCCGCGCGUUGUUUUCACUCUCGAUGGCUAUAGCACUUGUCCACACGGCGCGGUCGAUUGUGAGCUACAUGGUGUGCCAGUACCAUGAGCCGACAUGACGACGUACCGCGCCGACAGUUGCCAAUGUGUCGAGAUCGUGUCUGGUGCCGACGGCCUUCUUUACCUCACCAAUUCCCUGGGCAUUGUCAGCUCGCUGGUGCAUCAGCAGCCAACACUCGAUGUGUCAACGCUGGCACUACCGGCAAACGUUUUCUCCCUCGCCUGGGAGAAGUGCAACGCCCGGAAGGCGAAGGGGGCAGCUGAUAUGAUGGAACUCGCGCUACGUUCGCAAACGUCCGACGAGUACGGGCUCUUGGGCAUCUUUGUCUUCUCCUACCUUGCCUCGGCGCGCUUCGCCAGGGGAGAAGACCUCGACGGAGCCAAACGCCUCUUCCAGCGGUGCUCAAUGGGGCUCGGGGAAAGCGCCGCAAUUUUCCAAGCUGCGCUCAUCUCGUACACGGAGGGCCGCGCGUGGCUCAGCCGCGGUGCCACGAAUGCUGCCUUGGGUCCGCUACUGCGCUCGCUGACCAUCUAUGCUGAGCGCAUCCGUCUGCACGCCUACGACGGCGCCUUGUGCACCUUCGAAGUUGCGCUCUGGGUGCUUCGGGCCAGCGUAGUGUGGGAGGCAAAGUUGGAUGCAGCAGUGCUGCGCUGUGUCGCUCACGCCGUGGAGUUCGGCGAGCCCACACUGUCUCUCUUUAUAACCUGCGGGCGUUUUCUUUUGUAUGCCCAAAGAGUGGGUGACAUGGCCAUGUCGCAGCACCUCCUUCACCUGCGCGACACAAGGGCGAGGGGACUGCAACCCACUGAACUGGACCGGUACUUGAACGCUCUCCUACAGUGUAGUGAGAGUCUGCAGCGGCGCAGUGGCAACGAGAGCUACAUCGACUGUGUCUUUGUGCUCCAGACGGCGAUUCACAUGGCGGAAGCCGCACCUGUCGAGCCACGGAUGCUUGGUGUGAUACUCAGCAGCUAUGGACUGUUGCUGACAACGGUGAACAAGCUGUAA